GAACCCUUCGUCAUCAUCAAUCAGGUCACACGCUCUCUUUUCUUCCUCGCACCAAACAACAUACAAACACCAUCAAUUCUUCAACUCAAUCGCUUUCUCUUUGAUAUCUUUCAUUCAAGAGUUUCGAACGCUCUUUACUACACAACAAUGUGUUCCGCCGACUUCUUCCUCGCUUUCCUCGCCAUUCUCUUCCCCCCACUGCCCGUCUGGGUAAAGUGCGGUCUCUGCAGCGCCGACUCUCUCAUCAACAUCCUUCUCUGCUGUCUCGCCUACAUCCCCGGCCUUAUCCAUGCAUGGUACAUCAUCGCCAAAUAUCCUGAGCCGCCCUACGAGUACGAGGCCUUGCCACAUGAUCGUGAGGGUAACCGCGUUACCUACGUCUACGUUCAGUGCCCGCCAGGCCCUCAUCAGCACGGCCACGGCCACCCCCAGAACCAGCAGCCCAAGCCCCAACCCCAACCUCAUCAUGGUGGUGUUAGCAACAACAAUAACAGCAUGAACUACGGCACUCAGAACGCUGGCGGUUCUUCUCGUCCUGCGCCUCAGCAGCAUGGCGUGACAAAUAACGGCGAGGGUAGUUCUGAAAGCCAGGGUGUGCCACCUUCCUAUGCCGACGUCGUCGCUGGAGAUCACAAGAUUCAGUCCAAGGAUUAAACGCUCCGCCAGAUGUUCCCUUUUACAUGUUCCCUUUUACACGAUACGGAAAUACGGCACCGAGAUGGCUUCGUAUCCAUUUCUUCGAAAUUCCAGCGACUUGUUAGAAUUUUGCGAGGCCUUUCACAACAACAAGCGGGUCCUAAAGGACUUGGGUGAGAUGGCCG